AUGGAAUGGUCUGCUUUGCAGGGCCAGGAAUUUCAAAAGCUAAAAGGAGUUUUCGCUACUCCACAGCAGUUGGAGGCAGCUUUUGACACAGACGCAGAAGCAGCAGAGCUGGUCGAAGUUUUCUUGCCAGGCAUAAGUACAGAAGGACGACAAGAGACAAAUCUGGAUUCCGCGAAGAGAGCGCAACAGGAGAGUGAUGAGCGUGAGAAAUACACAUUGCUGCUGGCAGAUGUGAUACGGCAAGCCAAGUUGCCAGUGGUGGCGCAGUUGGAUGCUGUCAACGAUGACGGGAGGUCCUGGAAGCGCAUCUUUGGGACGAGACGUAGCAAAACGCUGCGUAAUCGGUUUCGUUCUUGGAGGGCCUUUUCACGUUGGCUGGAGACAUCAUAUCAUAAGGUUUGGCCAUCAAGCAUUGUUCCGUUGCUGGAGUAUGCAGAUGAGAAAUACAAUGACGACUGUGGGAAAACAGUUUUACCCAGCUUUCAAGCAGCAUUGUCUGUGUUGGAACAGGCCGGGAGGGUACCGGAAGCCGAGAUGCUCUCGCGAGACCCUACCUGGUUGGCGCAGCUAGCAUCCUACACUGCAGAUCUGGAGGCAGCGCAGCCCGAGCGUAAGCAGGCCCCGCUGUUUACUGUGGCCAUCGUUGUCGCACUAGAACUGUAUGUCUGCCUUGAGAGCGAACCUGAAUAUGCACGUGCCCUGGGCUGGGUCGUAUUGUUAAUGGUGUAUGCCUCACUGCGGGCCGAUGAUGUUCAAGCCAUUCGGCCGGAGACGAUGGAGAUCACUGGUUCUGGCUUCAAGGCAAAGCUGGGACGCACAAAGACGACUGGUCCGGAUAGACGAUGCAAAGAAGUAUACAUCUUCGUGAAGCGUGAUGUUGGACUUUCAGGACAGGAUUGGUUAGUGACUGGUUUUGAGCUGUGGGAAAAGUACAAGCAACCACGUGAUUUUCUGGUCUUGGAAGCAAAUGGAGAUUGGACGGCGCCGACCAACAAGGGUGUUGACAGUUCUGGUGUGGCCCUUUACAUGAAGUCAGUCCUUAGCAGAUUGGGAACACCCAAGCGGAUCAGUGGGAGUUACAGGCUCAACGAGCAUCGAAGUCUGCUUCCUGAUGGAGCCUACAGGAUGUACACUGGACACUCACCUAGAAACUUUCUGGCUUCCGUGGCGGCAGCUAUAGGUGUUCGAAAGGAAGACAUCGAUUACCUUGGGCGUUGGCUCAUAAGCAGGCUCUCUGGCGCUGGCGAUUACAUUCGAACAUCAAGGGAAGUGGUACACCGUGUGCAAGAGACUGUGUGUCGAGCUUUGCUAGAGGGUGUUGGCGGGCAAUACCACGAGGACGAGGCCCUGUCGAUGCUCAAGAGCUAUGUGGACGGCUUGGGCACGUCUGGCAGCUUGGCUCGCAGGCAGCACGACAUCUUGCGACGCGGCGAUGGCCAGCGUCACUUGGGGUUGAAGUGGCCCGCCUUUUCACCUGCAUUGGAGGAUCCGGACAGUUCAGCAGAAGAUCUGGAGGAAGCUCCGGUGUUUUCGGCGUCCAAGUAUUUUAUCACUACCAGCUCCAAAACGGGGCUACGUCGGCUGCACCUCAAUGGUCCUUGCCAUGUCAAACAUUACCACUGCUCCUCGGUGGUUUUUGUGGACCAGGUCAACCUGGAGGACAUCGAUAGCGUUUGCCGGGACUGCAAGCAUCGGCUGCGGCGCGAAGCUGGACAGGAGGCUGUCGAGGAUUUCAAGACCCUUGUGUACAGUGCAACCUCAGAGCUUCCAUGCAAAUCAGUCGAGGCGGAAAUGCUGGCGCUGGUAGCAACAGCUGACUCAGAUCUUCAGUAUGUACUUCAGGAAGCAGCAGCCCCCCUCCGGGUGCAGUAUCAGGUGGUUCAGGUGCAUACCACCCGCAGGCGUUUCCAGGCGAUUGCUGAUACGAGGGCGGAAGCUCGCACUGCUGCUCGUGACUUCAACCUUGACCACAAUUCCGCUGAAGGCCGUGCUCAGAUCGCAUCGGUGGUUGCUGCUUGGGAGUUGGCCAAGGAGUUUUCGGCUAAGGAGGUUGAGCUGAAGGCGGAAGCAAAGGUCAUGGGCCAUAAGAAGGUUCUCCAAGUUCAGGAGCGACAGGCUAUGCUUCGUGCAGUCACCACCGUGUAUGGCAAGCUGAAUGAGGCGGAGACGCCCAGUGCAGAGUAUCUAGCAUCCAAGGCCGAGGAGUGCGAGGAAAACGAGCCGACUGCUUCCUCGCUAGAUCAGAUCAGCUCCAAGAAAGACAAACAGGUGGAGUCGCUGCAGUCCACUGUGGAUUCCAGCGGUCAUCUUCGUGUCACCAAGACGAUACAGAAGCUGGAGAUGCCACACAAUUCUGAGGCCUACCGUAGGGUCAUGAAGGUCGAAGCUUACGCUUGGCUCUGUAUGUCAGCCCGCUUCAAGGCCAAAUCAUGGCUACAGGGGCUGAAGCUCGAAACUUUCACCAAGUUCGUCGAGUACAUCAUGGGCGACAAGGUCUCUGGCUUGCGGUUACCGUCGCACCAGGGAAAGGAUGCCCUCCCAGGGAGGCCCCCUUGGAGUGUCGUUCUGGCGUAUGAGCAGAAGCUACGCACGGAGGCAAUGAAAUUAGUGGUGGACGAUGCCAUUACCCUUGCUGAGGCUCUCGAGCAGGUGGUGGCGGAUCCAUCUUUGAAAGAGACCUGGUUCACCACGCCUUUGGCCCUACACGUCGCAGAGCAGCCCCGCAAGUACCGCAAGGGUGAUGGAAAGGGCGAGACUUCAGAAUCAGCGGGUCGCCCUGUACCGCUGACCGUAGUGUACGCUUUCGCGGGGCCCGAGCGCAGAUGUGACAUCGGUGCGUGUUUGAAGAAACUGAUCCCAGAUGUCCACGUGAUGGAGUUUGACAUUUUGCGAGAUCCCCGCCAGGCGGGCAAUGCUUUCCUGUGGGAACACCCCGAACAUCUGGGGGUUGCCGCCGAUGGCGUCGUUCCUUCCUCCAUAUGGUCUUGGCCCGAGAUUCUGGAUCUGUUAGUGCGUUUCAAAGCAGUCACCUUUGCAAUUUUUCAGUGCAUGUUUGGAGCUCAGACAAGCAAGCCAACUCGUUUCUUGAGCAAUCUCGCACGCUUUCAGCGUGAUCCACCACCUCAUGCUACACUGCCCUGUCUGGAUCCACAUCAUCGCUACUUCGGUCCCUUACCGAAGUCCUGCCCACAUGGCCGUCAUGAUUCCUUGGUGGGUAAGGAUCCCGUCAGCCACCAGUGGCGAACCGCAGCCGCCGCAGCUUACCCUCCGAAACUUUGUCAGUUCCUGGCUCAGGCAAUCGCCAGCUCGCAGUCCCUUGCGUCCCGUGCAGCAACAGCUCAGGCCAGGGACGCCGUGGCCCCUUCUGCCUCAAGGUUCAGGGCUUCUUCUGGGUCCUCGAUAGGAAGUUCCCCGACCCCACCUGCUGGGCAAGUGUCCAUGUCUUCCGGGACUACCACGCCACUUCCGAGCGAAGACGCCGAGGCUUUCGCCGCUCGUUUGUUGGCAAAGGAGGGCCUGAUGACGAAAGACGAGCUGCAAGCACUACAUCAGCUUCUCCCCAAGGAGCGUGCUGUGCGUGUGGGGGAGGAAGUGGAGUCGGCCUCUUCAUUCACGGUGGGGGCAUACGCAUGCACAUCACAGGUCCUUACCCGGUAUGUUCGUCAGAUCAGCCCAAAGCUUAGCUUCUCUGCUGUGUCUCUUUUCCAUGGGAUACGCACGCCCAUGCACAGAGAUUCACGCAAUGCUCCAUUUCCGAACAUGGUGGCACCUAUCACCUCUUUCAAGGGAGGCCAGAUCUGGGUAGAGGACUGUCAUGGAUCGGUGCCAGAGAUGACCCCUGAUGGUCUCAAGGCUGGCAAAGACCUGGAGGUGGCAAAAGGGCCCGUCGUCUUCGAUGCCUACAAAGCUUUCCACUUCACCCGCGCGUGGGAGGGCGAGCGCCUGGUGGUGGUGGCUUACGUCACUGACCACUUGGACACCCUGAAAGACGGUGAGAAGCAGGUUUUGGAGCGGCAAGGCUUUCAGUUGCCUGCGCAGGAAGCUGAGACUUCGGAGGCCAUUGGACUAGAGUUUGGGGCGCCCCAUGGGAGCGCGCCACCGGGAGCUGAACCAGCCUUCAAGCCUGAGCUAUGCGGAAACCGUGGACUUCCACUACAAGCAGAGUGGGAGGGCAAGCAGGAGCCACUCAAUGACGGUUUCGGUUUGUGCUCACCUACACGCUGGCGACCGGCGGAUAGGGGGGCCACUCUUUCACCGUCAAGCAUGGCGCUCUGCCGAGAUAUGUACCAGAUGUGCAUGGAGUUCGUGGGGCGAAAUGUCAGCUCUCCAAAAGAGCUUUGCGAAAAACUGGCCGCUGGAGAAGUCACGGAGACACCUUUCUGUGAAGAGGAGAUGCAGCAGCUGCGAGAAAAGUGGUGCCGGCGAGUCGGUGGAGAUGACUGGAAGCAUUGUAUGGAGAUUCCCAAAGGACAGCCCUUUCUCUUGAAAGCGGUGGCCCGGACUGCAGAGGUGAUGGGCGACCCCGACUGGGCCUCCAUAACCGAGGGCACUGACAACUUCUGCACUGGGGUACCCAUAGGUUUUGGCGAGGAGCUGCCCAGGUUGCCCCAAGUCUUCGAGCCCAAGGCUAAGUGGAGGAAGUUCGAUGAGGAUCUCCCGGAAUGGGACCGCUCCAACUACGCCAGUGCUUCCCUGAACUCGCAGCAGCUGCUAGAGAAGUUCCGGGAGGAGGUGGAGCUCGGUCGGAUGGAAGCUUCGACGCAUGGGGCGUUGAAGCAGCGCUAUGGCGAGGAGAAUCUACGCAUAGAGCAAUUUGAGACACCCUUUGCUUUGGCGGGGGACGUGGCCGCCGCCCACCGCUUGGUGCUGGUGCGCGAAAGAGACUGGGGACUCCUGGCAUGCCGUGCAGAGGCUGGGAGCGACACCGUAUUCGUGAACCGAGUUGGAACGUUUGGGAUCUCAUCUGCAUCAUUCUGGUGGGCCCGGCUUUUCGGCAUUAUAGGUAGGAUGGUUGGGCGGGCCAUGCUCAACCACUUCUUCUUUCAACUGGUUUUCGUAGACGACUUACACGCCAAUUUCUUUGGACACCGGAAGUAUGUCAACGCUCUGAUCUGGCUGGUACUUUAUCUUAUGGCAGGAACACCUUUUGCCUGGAAAAAGUUUAAAGGCGGAGCCAGGAUCGCCUUCAUUGGCUAUGAGCUGGACUACGCGGCCCGACUGGUGGGGCUCAGCAAAGUGCGAGGAGAUUGGCUGGUCCAGUGGAUUAAAAGUGCCAGGGAGUCGAAAUACGUGGUUCAGACUAAGAAGUUCGCCGAGUUCUUAGGUAGAUUGGGGUUCGUUUCGAGGGUGGUUUACUGGUUGAAACCGCACUUGGCACCCCUUUAUGCCUGGUCAUCGGCCACACAUCGAUGCUCGGUCGGGAAGCUUCCUGACACGGUGAUCUUGACUCUUCUCUACAUCGAGGAAGCUCUCGUAACCAAAGACUACAAAGUGUCCCCUUCCAGGGUGGACCUAAGCGACAAGCCUCUUUUCUUCACCGAUGCAAAAUGUGAAGAUGGCCUGGUUGUGCUUGGGGGCUGGGAUGCAACAUGUCCCUUGGGCAGGUCACGGUGGUUCUCGAUUAAGGUGCGACCGCACGAGGCACCUUACUUGUUCGACGAGGAGCAGAAGUCACAGUGGGCAUCGGCAUCUGCGGAGCUCUUGGCAACUUUAGCUGCGUUAUACUUGUUCGGACAUUUGGGAGAAUCCACCAGGGUACGGCAGCUCCCAGUCGUUUUUAGUGCUAUCACUGACAACAAGGGCAACGAGUCUUUGUCCAAGAAGCAAAGCACAACGAAGUGGCCGCUCAUGCUCAUAAACAUGCAGCUGUCACAUUUGCUCGCUCUAUCUAAAAUCAGGCUAGCUCUUAACUGGCGUCCGCGGGGUGAAAAUCAACUUGCGGAUGACCUCACCAACUCCAGAUUCAGCUCCUUCAAUCCCGAAUUCAGGUGCUUCAGCUCAUUCAGUGACCUUCCUCUUGAGUUGCUCAGCAAGCUUUGGGAGACGAAGUCGCAGUUUGAUGCUCUCAGACAUUCCGCAAGUCAGCAAGUUGCGGUUCAGUCACUGUCGAAGAAACGGCCACACGAGCGCACGCCGUGGUGA